CACUCCUCCUUCGACUGCGGUAUCAAGUUUAGUUUUGGAGGCGUGGUAAUCAGACACAUCUACUUAAUUUCGUUCGUAUCAUGUCGAAAUCGUGAGGAUCAGUGUCGCGCGCUAGCUUUCGGUGGAAAAUCGUUCCGAAUGACAUGAACGAGCUCGAACCGACCUGACGGGUAUAAUAUUCUAAUUAAGUGGUUUAUGAUAAACUCGUGUGCUUUCCCUCUCGUACCCACACUUACCGGUUGGCCGUCAGUGUGCAGUUCUCGGACAGUAAUUGUCUCGCAACUAUUUGAGGACGAAGCCAGUUUUCCGCGGCGUUCGGCAUGAGAUUUCCGCGCUUUUCAGUUUUCGUUCAGUUUCUCUAGCGGUGCUUUGUUUUUCGUUCUGUCUGUGAUACCAGUUCCAACGUGCAAACCUCGCUCCUGGAUUUCUGCGUGAAGUAGUUGAUAUUUUUAUCAAGAAUCUAUUUUUCUAACGUAUUUUGCUCGGUGCCCACAAUUUUUACUACUGUUAAUUUUUCUAGUUUAUUUUCUAAAUCUGUAACUUCACAAUGAAGCGGAACUACGUUGGUCUCACUCUCACCAACUACUCCUACAUGUUCAACUUCGAGGAGGAGUUCGAACACCAAAACACACGGGUAUGGAUGACCAACAACUGGACCAAAGGAUUUUACUAUUGUGGACUCUACAUGGUUAUCAUCUUCCUCGGACAGUUGUACAUGAAAUCCAGACCUAGGUUUGAGUUGCGGAAAGCUUUGAUCGUGUGGAACUGUAUGUUGGCGUGCUUCAGCAUCAUUGGAGCCUGCAGAACUGCUCCCGAGUUACUGCAUGUACUUAAGAAUUAUGGAGUUUACCAUUCACUCUGCAUACCAAGUUUCAUCGAGGCGGACCGAGUCUCGGGCUUCUGGUCGUGGAUGUUCGCGCUGUCGAAGCUCCCGGAGCUGGGCGACACCGUGUUCAUCGUCCUGCGGAAGCAGCCGCUCAUCUUCCUCCACUGGUACCACCACAUCACGGUGCUCCUCUACACGUGGUACGCCUACAAGGAGUACACCUCCUCGGCCCGGUGGUUCAUCGUCAUGAACUACUGCGUCCACUCCCUCAUGUACUCGUACUACGCCCUCCGGGCCAUGAAGCUCUCGCCGCCCAAGGCCAUGGCCAUGCUCAUCACCUCCAUGCAGCUCGCCCAGAUGGUCAUCGGCUGCUGGGUCAACUACACCUCCUACCAGUUCAUCCAGCAGGGCCAGUCCUGCCAGGUCUCCAACCUCAACAUCCAGCUCUCCUUCGCCAUGUACUUCAGCUACUUCGUCCUCUUCGCCAGGUUCUUCUACAAGGCCUACAUCAGCCCUCGCAGCUCCAAGAAGUUCGGCGAGAAGUCCCCGGCCGUCCCCGGCGGUUUUACUAGUAACGACAAUAAGGUCAAGGCUCACUAGUCCUCCCUUCCCUCCGCCAUUGACUGCGUUGAACUCUCUUCGCGGGUAGGUUGCCAUUUCCCAUCGCUAGCGUCAGAGACCAAGAGACCCUCCAUUGGCCUCUCAGCGACAGGGGGAAGCUUGCACUUUCGGGAAUUCAACACUUCUUGAUGGACGAUUAUGAGGCAGCGACAGUGUUAUCCUGGCUACUAGGCGGAUGAUGAGCUCCGGUUGACGCCAUGAAUCAAACAAGUUUAACAAACUUCGGUUUGUUUGCUAAACGAUGCACUCAACACGUUGUUGAGCGUCCACCUAUUAGGUAGGUCAGUAGUUGAAUGUUGAAUUCCCGAAAGUGAAAGCUUUCACCAUUGCCAGGGUACUAACGGAGGGUCUCUUGCCUUUGGGUAGUGUUGAAAGAGGUUAUGUUAUUGAUCGCGUUGAUUUCGAUCCGAACAAUAGCAUAACCUCCUCCAAUUCCCGUAUUAGGAAUAAAUCGAUACCAAUCGAUUUGCAAUCCAAAAGUUGUUGUGGUUGAGUUCGAAGAUCGUCGUGAAGACCGUUGGAAGACCUAGCUGCUGUAUUACCGUGCUAAGGAAAAACGACGUAUGAGCUUUCGAUCGCUGCCAAAUUUCCUUUGAUGAAAUGCGAAUUUUCAAGAAAUCUGCAAAUCUUUUUCCCCCUAAUGUUUCGGAAAUGCUAGUCUGAAUUCCUUCAAAAGCAUCUGAAUCUCACGGGAAAUUAUUUGCAAGAUUCUUCAAUAAAUACAUAUUUGUUCGGAAGAAAUUUGGCAACAUAUUGAGUGCUCAUACGACGUUCUUCCUUACCCCAACAGUAUGGCUUUUUACCUAAAAUCUUCUAUAUCAAUAACCGCUGUAAGCUCUGGUAGCCGGCCUGUUUCUUCUGUGAAGAUUCAAAACUUAGGUUAGAGAUGCAGAAUGUAGCUUUUUUAAGUACCUACUGUCGUGACAAUCCGAAUACCCAUGUUCAAAAUUUUACAAAGACUCCCUGCGAUCACCUGGAUGGAUUUUCUCAAGUGUUAUAGGAAUCAUUUUUUUAUGGAUUAUUAAGUUUUUUUUUUUAAAAAAAAGCUUUUUCUAUAUCUUUACUUUUGAACAGCAUUGUCAACUUUUCGGUGAACGCUUAUUUUUCCGGUAAACAAUCCACGGAAGAAUGCGAAUAAUGUGUUUGAAUAAGCUACGCUGCUGUAUGAAGUAAUUUCUGCACCAAUAACGUCAGGCCACGCUCGUGGUAUCCAUAAUAAGACUCCUUCCUUCCGGUUAUUUUUCUACGACAAAUUUUAUUUCAUUCCCCGAUGAGUGCGAAGGAAUGAAAUAAAAUUUUAAUUUAAGUUUUUAUUUAUUUGUCUAUUUAUAAUCUCGUCGAGAAAUUUUAAAAAAAAGUAUUGUCCGGAAAAAUCACUGUUUAUAAUUUUCCUUUAUUUUUUUUUCUUUUCUGAAAGUUAUUGUUUGCUCUUUUGAAGGAAAAUUGCGUUUGUUAAUUUUGUUUCGCGCCUCGUUUCUCAAUGAACUGUUAGGAAAUUUUAAGGAUCCGUGAUUGUUCUGGCUGUUAACGCUUUUUUUUUUCAUUGAAAACAAUGGUUGAGAAACUUUUUUUUAAUUGAGAAGAAAUAUUCUCUCCGCUUUCAAAAAGGAAGGUUUUUGUCCUAAAGAAGUUCCCUUGGUUUGAGGAAAAAGAUUAUUUGAUUCAAUGACAACGCCUAAACUUAUUUCUCCUGUUCAAAUGAGGUUUUUUCGAUUUGAACAAAAUUUGAUGUUUCAUUGAUGACAAGCACACUUUUUGGAACCAAUUAAACCUUCUUUGAAUCUUGUAAAAACUCAACAUGUCAAAAUAUUCUUCCAACCGAAGAUACUUCUUUAGAGCAAAAAGUUUUCAUUCGGACGAAAGGGAAUAUUUUUUAAAAUUGGUUAAGAAGGCGUGAUUGGCACCGAUGAUUUCGACCAAUACUGAUGAGAAGUGUUCUCGUAUCUAGUGGCGAGGCGUGAUAUUCGACUAUCGAUACUAUCCCAUUUGAAGCUAUGGUGAAGAAUCGAUCAUUAUGGUGUUCGUUGCAAACGCCCUGAUAAUCGAUAUUUUUUCAUAGGUUUGAAUGGCGUACUAAUCGAGCCAUCGCCAUUGCUUGCUUUGCGGAAACGUGCUUGACCGACUGAUACCCAGUUUCAAGUGCCUCAGAAUUUCCCUUUUGACGGAAAAGAAAGAUUUUAGUUUUUACCUUUAACUCGCCGAGGCGCCGGAAAAAUCCCGUGGAAAAGCCAGGGGUUUUCCCGCGGCGCCCGCGAAUGUGUCUGCUAGUCGUGACCCCUGAUUUCGCUCAAGAAUUUCGAGAAUGAACCGUGAUAUGCUUUCUUCUCAACGAAAAUUCACCUAUUGUUAACUGUAGUUUUGAUUUUUCUGUUAGAUUGUACGUGUUCCAUGUAUCGCCCUUUCGUAAUUGUGAUCCGCGGAAGUUUUUGACAGGAGUUUGUUCUAUUAAAAUGUAUACAAAUAAUCGAUAUCUAUAGAAUCAUCCAGAAUCGAUUCUUGAUAUGGAUUUUAAUGGAAGAAAAACACUAACACAAAAUUCCGAGAAUCACCUCUGCCUUCCCUCUCUCUCUCUGUUCCACUGUUACCAGAUUCAAAUCAGCAUUAUUUUCCAUUGAACUCAAUGUAAGAUGUUCAGAGUUUUUCACAUUACCUGGCAACACUGCUCUGUUCCCUGCGGCUUUGAGCCUCGCAUAAUCGGGAAGUGUCAAGGGGGAAGGCACACACAAAUUCGCAAAA